AUGAAUGAGAGGUCAAAAAGAUGCCAAGUUGUAACCUCGUGCGUUGAGUGCUACAGACGGAAGAAGAAAUGCGAUCGCAAGAGACCAUGCAAUAAUUGUCUUACACGCCGUGUGCCAGAGUGUUGCACAUACGAACACAAUGUGAGCACUAGAGACAAUGUUCAUAUCGGGAGCUCCAGGACUGGUUCGAUAUCAGCCGCUCAAAAUAGUGAAAGUCAGCUUGCCUGGGGCGCAGAUGAAUCACCAAUAUCGGGUAGCCAUGUCGACCAAUCUGAGUUGUGGACAACUCAUACUCUGGCCCAAGACGUGAUACAGACGCUCGGUGGUGAGGGUCAGCGAGCCACCUCUCUGGCUCAGACUCCAUGGCACACCCAAUCAUCAAAUUAUCAAGCUCUGGUGUCGCAAUUACCGCCCAUUUCGAGUAUCAGGAAUAUCGUUGAGUAUUACUUUGAACACAUGAACUGGUCGUAUGAGAUAGUGCAGCAGUACUAUUGUAAAAGUCUGCUAACGCAAUGGGUCGAGGCGUCCGAAACUACUGCUUCCAUCAAUCUCGGCCUUCUGUCGAGAGACUUACAAUACUUUCCUGCGCUGGUCUUCCAAAUCAUGGCGCUAACACUCAUGUACAUACCUCUCAGCGAGGCUGCAAAGUUUCUACACGUAACGGACGGGCAGAGUCUCGAUACUCAGUCAAACCACUAUGGCGAUCUAGGAAUGAAGCUCAUGGAUCUGCUUGGCCGGCGGAAUCCUUCUGUGGUUGGUGUUCAGCAUGACCUUGUCAGAUUCGCUUGGCUCAAGAACUUCGGCUGUGGUAAAAAUUCGCUUAGAAGCCUCCAAGAUGCGGUGAGACAAGCACAAGAACUUGGUCUCCAUCAGCAAAAGGUCAUCCGCCAGCGUAAUGGACCUAUGGAAGAGACGCUGCGAUCAUUCUGGUAUGAUGAACACCUUAGAAGACUAUGGGUUCUUAUCUUCGCUUGGGACAGGGUCAAUGCCUCGCUCAAUGGUCAUCCGGUAUUGGUAGAUGGUUUAAGCUGCAACAUAAAAGUCCCUCUGGACUGUGUGUUCCCCAAAGAUCCAGCUAAAACUAUCCCAAUGUCGCUUGGCAUAGCUGGAGGUGACACUCCAUCACCGUUCUCCGUUCAUAUCUUCCGAUACACACUUGCUUGCGUAAUACAGAAGAUUCGUACUAGCAACCAAGGUGUCAAGGACUAUUCCAUCGUCCGUCGAUAUCAUGAGCGUAUGGUGGAGACUCUGGACGAUCUGCCCUCUAUACUGCGUCCUGUUCAUCUACAGCCUGAUCUUUCGUGGGAUUCGGAAUACAGGUUCUUGCAGUAUCAGAGAGAAGACGUUUCAACUACGUUGAACAUCUUUCUUCUGGCUCUGCAUCGUCCGUACAUUCAUACACAUUCCGAAAGUCGCUGUGCUGCCCUUGAUGCAUCCCUCUCAAUACUCGAGAGCCAAGAACGGUUGUUCGCUCGAGCCGACAAGCGGCACAGAAAGUACUUUGGGCAUGCUUUCUACACGGUGAGCGCAGCUAUUCUCGUCACGAUGAUCGUCGCACGCCAUCCGUCCCAGGAUCAGAACAUCCGCGCCAGGAUCAGAAGAACUCUUGCGCAAGCCAUCGAGCAGCUGUCACAGAUCAGAAAUAUCAAUUCCAUCGCAGGGUCCGCUCUCCCAUUGAUUCUUGCGUGCUACGAAAAGAUGGAAACUGCACUCCGAGAAGCCGACACGACAGUCGUUCUACCGACAGCACCAACACAAACUCCGGUUGCUUCCUUGAAUGAACUGCCAGACUUCUCCGCAUCACUCGACACAACUUCAGGAUUUCCUCUUGAAGCUCAUGAAGUGGCUCGUGACCAACCGAUGAUUGAUGCGAACUCCGUAGACAUAAACUUUACGGCAGACGGAAGCUCUCAUGCAAUUCCGUACCAGGACAAGGGCCUUGAGAACACAUCAGACUACGACGUGUCGUACUGGAUUAAUAACAUACAAAACAUUUCAGGCUUUGCUACAAACAUCCAGGAGGAGCUCAGAUGGGAUGCUUUGUUUGGCUAG